AUGGCACCGACGCACCAAUUUUUUCCGCGUGAGAUCAUUGACCUGACGCGAGACGACGAGGAGGAGGAGCAGGAUAAGGAUAAUGCGGAUCAGGCAAAGGCGCUCCUGGAUGCAUUUACUAAGCCCAAAAUUAGUCAACCACGGCCACCAAAGCAAAAUUCAUCUACACAUGAGAGAAAGGCAAAAGCUCUCCUGGACGCCUUUACUAGGCCCAGAAGCAAUGAGACACGGCCCUUGAAACGCAAGUCACCUCCAGAUGAGACAGAAGUAAAAGUGCUGCUGGAUGCAUUCACCAAUUCCAAAGUCAGUGAUCCACGGCCAUUCAAACGCAAAUCACCUACAGAUGGGCCAGAAGUGAGAGGUCACUCAAAUUCUGAGACUGUGUUUACCCGACCACAACCCGCGACCAAUGGCUUCAAUCAUACAGUUGACAAUGCCUCGAUUGGCACCAGCAGUGCCCGGGAUAGACCCGUCUCCCAUUCUACUACACCCGAGCACGCCAUCAAACGAGAAUCGAUGGGCCCAACACCCCAGCCGUUUGUUUCUUUACCUCCAGCGCCUACAGUCCAUCCUUCAAUAUCAAACCGAACAUCCUUGUCAGAACCAUCUUCAACUCGUCCUCAACCUGCAUCUGAUUCAUGCAAUUUCUCUUCCAGAAGCAGUUCCGUGAAAUCUGCAUUUAUGGCAAAGAAGACUCCGACUCCACGCCACACGCGGUCACCUUUUGUUAGCGCAGCUAUUGAACGAACUCCAAAAGUCAUGGUAGUUGUUCCACCGCCUCCGACCUCAGACAGCUCUGGAGGUAGAUCACUUUCCAAACGCAAAAUAAACAGACUCCCGUCAGUGUCGUCGGAAAGUGACGAGGAAUCUGACCCAGAUGAGCCGAAGGGUGUCAAGCAGAAAUACUAUCCUUUGGAGAUGUACGAGCUUCGAGCAAAAAGAGGACGAUAUCCACAAGUUAGAUCUACAAACAGUGAUCUACAGGUUUUGCCUAUACGAUCUUCUCCCGUGCAUAAGAGUAGGCAGAGAGCUCCCCACGGCCGGAAAAUCUAUCUGCGUGAACUCUUAGAAAAGAAGCUUCGAACAAUCCAAGGGCCUCCCGUGAAAAUGGCAAGAGACUGGGAUGGAACAGGAAUUUUAGCUUCAAACUUUGAGUUUACAAACACCUACAAACUUCAGCAAGGGGUCACUCGGGCCCCUGAAGGGUUUAAUUACGGGUGUGAUUGUGGUUAUCAAUGUGAUCCGACUAGAUGCACGUGCUUGUCGAAGGAAGAAGACUCGGAGCAGCUUAUGGUCGCCUACGAACAUCGCAAUGGAAAACUACUGCUCAAAAAGAGCUUCAUAAACCGUAAAGCUAUGAUCUAUGAAUGCUCGCUCGAGAUUUUCCAUACCGGUGACCGUGGCUUUGGUUUGAGAUCUCCAGAAUUCAUCCAUCGAGGGCAGUUUAUCGAUACCUAUCUGGGUGAAGUGAUUACCUCUGCUGAAGCUGAUCUCCGCGAAGACGCCACAGGGGGACCACACAGUAGUCCAUCUUAUCUCUUCUCCUUGGACUGGUUUACCCUCUCUGAAGAGGACGAUGACGAAGAAAUCCAUGAAUACGAAGAUGAAGACAACACAGGCUCAAAGGCGAAGCCCUACGUCGUCGACGGCCAACGUUUCGGCGGUCCAUCACGCUUCAUGAAUCACUCAUGCAACCCAAAUUGUAAAAUGAUUCCCGUCUCCACACAUCACGGCGACCAACGAAUCUACGAUCUUGCUUUUUUUGCGGGCCGCGAUAUACCCGCUGGUACUGAGUUGACAUUCGACUAUAAUCCUGGUUGGAGUCCGGAUAUGAGUAGCGAUGAUCCGAAUGCGGUGAAGUGUCUGUGUGGUGAGGCGCAGUGUCGGGGACAGUUGUGGCCAAAUCAGAGGAAGAGUGCGAAUGUGUAAUCUUCAAGAUUACAUAUAAUUGAGUUUUUUGAGGGGAAGGGGUUCUGCUUUUAUUAUGCAUUCUUCCAGUAUAAAAGGCGUCGAAAGAGCGAA